CCUCCACCUGCAUCUGAAAGGGCUGGUGUGUGAUCCUUGUGUGUGCCCUCAGACUGUGCCUGUGUUCCCCACCAGAGACACCCUUUGGUGCUUAGCAGCCCCACUGCCUGCAGCAAAUGAGCCCUUGGCAGGGAGAUGCCCUUGUCUUGCUGGUGCAGGGGCUGCAACCUGAGCACCCACUUCCCCCUGGACACGUUGUGGGUUGGAGACCUCCUUUGUGGCGGAGGGUGCAGGGCUGAGGCUCCCCUGUGGUGCUGGGGACCUGUGCCAUGCUUGGCUGCAGCCCAGAGCAAGCCCAGAAAGUCACUUGGGUGCAGGCAGAAUCUGUGAGCUCAAGGGGCUUGCCUGUGGGAAAACCUCAGGUCCUGAAGAUGGAGUCAGUUCUUGGUUGGUCAGCACGUUUCACGCUGCUUGGUAUGUGGGUUUUGCUAAUGACCUGAACUUUUCAGAGUGAAGAUAGCACUGGUGCUGCUGUGCCUGGAAAGCAGCCAGGACAGGCAAAGGUGAGUUUCCCUCCCAGCUGUCACGUUACUUCUUUGGACCCAGUCUAGGAUCCCUUCAAGCCAUGGAUACUACUUACACCUACCAAGAGGGACACUUCACACUGCUUGAGGCUGGAUUUCCCACACGUGUGCCUGGCAGGGCAGCAGCUAUCUGUGCUGUGGGAACUGCAACCCACGGGACCCAUCCUGUCUCCCUGAUGGGAGUUUCUGACUCAGGAUGCUUGUAGGACUCAGGACUCAGGAUGCUUGCUGACUUGUAGGACUCAGGACUCAGGAUGCUUGCUCAUCCCCCGCGUCGCGUUCGUCCUGAGAGGCUUGGCAGUCCCCAAGACCCCACUCAAGAAGGCGGACGCCGAGAUCCGACAGCUGCUGAAGAAGUGGCUGCACCUGCCGCUGAGGGCCAGCAACGAGGUCCUGCACAUCCCCUACCGGCAGGGGGGUGCCAACGUGCCCCGCAUGGGAGACCUCGGCGACAUCGCCGUGGUCACCCACGCCUUCCGCCUCCUGACCUGCCCGGACGCGACGGUAAGUAUCAUCGCUGCCAGCGCCCUGGAGGAGACCACCUGCAAGAGGAUCGGCAGGCAACCCACCGGACGUGACUUGGCCACCUUCCUGAGCGGCUCGCUGGAGGGCGAGUUCAGCCAAGACGGCGGGGACUUUGCCUGGCUGUGGAGCCGAGCCCGCAACGCCAUGCGCCGCCUCGGGAAGCGCGUCGGCUGCACCUGGACUUGGACCGAGGAGCGCCGGGAGCUGGCAGUCUCCCUGCAGCCAGCCCCACACGCCGACUCCGUGACUGUGAUGCCCCGCACGAAGACCUUCCUGGAGAGGUUCCUGAAGGACGCCGUCCGCAACAAAUACACUGGCGACCUGAGGGCCAAACCCAACCAGGGCAAGGUCUUCGACGUCACCUCGAAGUGGGACGCCAGCAACCACUUCAUGCCUAGCGGGAGCUUCACGCGCUUCGCGGACUGGCGCUUCCUCCACCGCGCCCGCCUCAACUGCCUGCCUCUCAACGGAGCCGUCCGCUUCAGCCACCGGGACAAGAGGUGCCGACGGUGUGGCUACGCAGCCGAGACCCUCCCCCACGUGCUGUGCAGCUGCAAGCCGCACGCCAGGGCCUGGCAGCUCCGCCACAACGCUGUCCGGGACCGCCUGGCGAGGGCCAUCCCGGCCGCCACGGGGCAGGUCUCCGUCAACCGCACCAUCCCGGGCUGCGAGAGCCAGAUGUGCCCCGACAUCAUGAUUACCAACGAGGAGGCCAAGAAGAUCACCAUCGUGGACGUCACCAUCCCGUUCGAGAACCGGCACCAAGGCUUCACCGACGCCCGGGCUCGCAAGCGGGAGAAGUACGCCCUGCUGGCCAACACCUUGAGGGGCCACGGCUACAACGUGACGGUCGACGCGCUCAUCGUGGGAACGCUCGGAGCCUAGGACCCCAGUAAUGAGAGCGUCCUGCGUGCCUGCCGCGUCUCCCGCCGCUACGCCAAGCUGAUGCGCUGCCUCAUGGUGUCGGACACCAUCCAGUGGUCCCGCAACAUUUACAUGGAGCACAUCACGGGCCACCGCCAGUACACGGACCCCACCAGGAGAACAGCCGCCAGACCGGACCCAGAGGGGACCGCCUGAACCCCCCCCCCUCUCUGCAACAGACGGACCUUCGCUUCAAGAGGACUCAUCAACAACAGACGACGACCCAGCGCCACCCGAAGAGGACCCCCGCAAUAGACUAUAUCUAGACUGAGACACUUUUUCCUCGGACCACUUCUUCCACCAUUGCGGACCAUUGUCACGGGUAUGUGUGUUUCUAUCCUCUUUCUCUCUCAGCGUCGUGAAACCCCCCCCCUCCCUCCCCUUCCCCACUCCCUCCCCUUCCCCACUCCCCUCUCCCCUUACCCCCGGGCUUAGUUGGCUAACUUUGUAUCGCAUGUAACCUAGUUGCGUUCCCAACCUCGCCCCCAUCCUUCUAUUGUUAGUCCCUCGCCUGGGCGUUCUGUAUUUCCCUAUCGGCUUUGUCAUCUUUUUUGGAUUUACCAUCCUUACCAUCUACUAAUAUUAGUCAGGACCAACUUCUAGCCAAAUGGAUGGAACCGACAGAUAGAAAAGGCGAUGGAACGGCAACGUGCCCUCAAAUUCCCAUGUGGCGCCAUGCCAUGGCUAGCACUCACCCUGAUCCCACUGACUAAGAAGCCAACAUGGUGGUGUGGGAUCAGGUCUUUGGUACUGCUGGAAGCAGAUGUUAAUGCCCAACCUUGGCCAGGCUGAGGAUGCAGGAACUUUUGUGUAUUUUGCAGCCUCUUUGCCUUUCUCAGAUGUUCCCAUUGAAGGGCCAGAGGAUUUGUGUUCUGUGCAGACGUGUACAAAACCCUGUCCUGUGUAGGGUCUGCUGGCCAAUGUCUGCCAGCCUGGGACCUGGAAGCUCAGCUGGUAGAACCUGGCAGCCUUGAAUUCCCCCAGGGAAACAACCUUGUGAAAGUGCUGUGCCCAUAAAGGAGUUUCCUAAGAAGGACGGGCAUCCACCUGAGUCCCAACGUCUACUGCUGGUUGCCCUUUUCUGCUUCUAGAGUAGUCAGCACCAACUGUCUCUGGCUUUGCUUCAUUUACUAUAUGUAAUUUAAUGUUCUUUGUUUCCCUCAUGCUUAGUUGUCGGUGGGAUGCAGGGCCAUGAGAAGACUGUCUGACUACUUGUGUUUUCUUUUUUCAAGCUCUAUCCAAAAAAGAUUGGGCUUCUAAGAGUGGCCUAGAAGUAGCACCAGCUCCUUCCUAGGUAUCCAGCUCACACCCUGUCCACUCUCCCUUCCAGCAUCCACUCUCUGCCCCUGUGGGACAUGGGAGUCUGGGCAAGGGGGACCUCUGGUCUGACCCUGUGAACGGCAAUUCUUCUGUUCUGCGCCAUGUCAAAUCCUAAUCUGAGGUGCUUUGGCUCUAAACCCAUGCUACCCAGCUCAUGAAUCCCAAGUGACAUGCUGCCUGUCUAUGAAACCAUCCCAAGUUGAUCUCAGCCUCAGGAAAGGCCAGCUGAAGAGGAGCACGAAGGCAAAGUAUGAUGUUGCCCAGAGCAUAGUGCUCACUGAGUACAGUUGCCCUUGGGUUGCUUAAUGCUGGGGACUGUGGCCUGAGGCAAUUAAAGGCAUCUUAAAUCUUACAGAGAAAUAAGAUUUAUAUUAAGUCCAAAUCUGCCUUCUAAUGGCUAAGUGGACAUCUGUCUCCAGCGUCUCAGUUCAUACUUCCUGACAGCCUGGUUCAAUUUGUCCUAUUCACUGAGUUCUCUCUCUUCUUUUUUCUCCACUGGUCUCUGCAAGACCAGAUCCAAACUCCACAGAGAUCAGUGAAAAAAUUCACAUUGACUUCCUGGAGCUUUGGUUCCACUUCUUUCCCUGGUCCCAAAUGCUCUCCUUACAAGAAAUGGCCCCUGGAUCCUCCUCCCUCUCCCUAUUGCAGCACCUGAUUUGCCAUCUUAAGCACUGGAUGAUGUUCUUCUGCUUCUCCUUUGCUAAACAAUCAGCUUCUCGGGCAGUUUUUGGCUUCCAAAGUCUCACAGGUAACAAUGUGCUUCACUUUCCAGGCAAGCAAGGAGUCCAAACUCAGCACUAGCCAGGCACCACCAACUAAAACCUGCACUGAGAAAGCAAAGGAGGCUGCAGCCCUACCAACGAAGGCAGGAAAUGAUCUUAGCGGCAAAAUCACUGUUACAUUUGACAUCUUGCCAAUGAACAUUUCCAAGUACCUGAGAGUUGCCCUCUUCAGACUCCUGAAGGUUUUGAUACAGAAUCUUAGUUUAAAGGGUGACCCUGACCCUCCUCUUGAAUCUGAUUGAUGCUAAAGGAUUUCCAAGCAUUUUUUCUUCGUUGUUGUCUUCUGUAAAGACAGAUAAAAGCAUUGAGAAGUCAAUGAAUGGCUAGCCUUUAGCUUGCCACCUUUGUUUCGGUGUUUUGUUCUUUAUUUAUCGCUUUGCUUUGUUCUGCUUUGGCUGUGGGCACAGAACCCUUGGAAGAGUGUCUGACCACUUGCAUUUUCUUUUUUCAGGCUCUGGGAAAACGUGUGCCUGCUUGUAAAAAAGGCCAGGAACUUCAAGCAACCCCUUCCCAGGUACCCUGUUUUCCUUUUGAGGUGACAGCUGAACACAGCUCUGGCUCAGUAGGGAGAAUUUCUUCCUGCCCAUGGGGAUGCCAUGUCUCCAGGCCUAAGGAGAAUCCAUAGCAUUGUGAGCUCUGCUUGAAAAUUACUCCCCAUCUAAACAUGUGUGAUGAAGGGUGCAAGGCGUAGUCCCUUGUUUCAGGGUGUCAGCUGGUUUUCUGCCCACAGCAGGGGCUGUUCUUCUGCUCAGGGCUUAGCCUUGUCUUUUGGGAAUGGGUCCUGGAAAGGAAGCUGAGCAGGAGUUGUUCCGAGUUAGGGAGACCUUGAGCUGGAGAAGACACUAUGUUUGGUUUGGCCUGAGAGAAAGGUCCCUGUGUCAGUUCAUUUCUGAAACUUUGUGAAAUAGCUCUGCUGGGAACAGUCCCAGGGGUGGGGGGGUCUGCCUCCUCUCUGCCUCUUCGCAAAUCUUUCAUAUUCCCUUGGACUCGCUUGCCCCUCUCUCAGCUUUGAGAGUGAAAUGCAUGCAAGUCCACCAAGUAGCAAACUGUUCAGCUUGUGUCUGAUGCAUCCAGCACUGGCUAGCGGAUGCAGAGCAGCCUGGAAGGCAGAAGUCAGCUCUUCGACGCCCAUCCAGUAGGAGCAAAUGCAGCAGCAGCAGGAGAAACCAAUGCUUGUCCUUCCUUCACCUGCAUCUGAAAGGGCUGGUAUGUGAUCCUUGUGUGUGCCCUCAGACUAGGCCUGUGUUCCCCACUAGCGACACUCCUUGGUGCUUAGCAUCCCCACUGUCUGCAGCAAAUGAGCCCUUGGCAGGGAGAUGCCCUUGCCCUGCUGGUGUGGGAGCUGCAACCUGAGCACUCAGCUUCCCCCUGUACACAUUGUGGGUUAGAGCCCUCCUUUGUGGUGGAGGGUGCAGAGCUGAGGCUUCCCUGUGGUGCUGGGGACCUGUGCCAUGCCUGGCUGUAGCCCAGAGCAAACCCAGAAAAUCACUUGGGUGCAGGCCGAGUCUGCAAGCUCGAGGGGUUUCCCUGUGAGAAAACCUCAGGUCCCAGAGUCGGAGAGUCCUUGGUUAGUCAGCAAGUGCCAUGGUGCUUGGUAGGUGGGUUUUACUAAUGACCUAAACAUUUCAGAGUAGAGAUAGCACUGGUGCUGCUGUGUCUGGAAAGCCACCAUGACAGGCAGAUGAGAGUUUCCCUCCCAGCUGUCACGUUACUCCUUUGGACCCAGUCUAGGAUCCCUUCAGGCCGUGGGUACUAUUUACCCCUACCAAUGGGGACAAUUCACACUGCUUGAGGCUGGAUUUCCCACACGUGUGCCCGGCAGGCAGCAGCUCUUAGUGCUUUGGGAACUGCAACCCAUAGGGCCCAUCCUAUCUCCCUGAUGGGAGUUUCUGACUCGGGAUGCUCGUAGUAUUAGUCAGGACCAACUUCUAGCCAAAUGGAUGGGACUGCAAUGUGCCCUCCAAAUCCCAGCUGGCACCACAGUAGUGCUAUCACUCACCCUGGCCCCACUGCCAGGGAAGCCAACCUUGUGAUGCAGGAUCAGACCUUUGGUACGGCUGGAAGCAGAGGUUUAUGCUCAGCCUCCCUGCAGGCUCAGGAUUCAGGAAGCUUUUUCCAUGCAUCUCCCUUUGCAGCCUCUUUGCCUUUCUCAGACAUUCCCAUUGAAGGGUCAGAGGAUUCGUGUUCUGUGCAGAUGUGUAUAAAACCCCAUCCUGCAUAAGGACUAUUGGCCAUUGUCUGCUAGCCUGGGACCUGCAAACUCCAUUGGCACGGCCUGGCAGCCUUAAAUUCCCCCCAGGGAAAUAAUCCUGGGAAUGUGCUGUGCCCACAGAGGAGUUCCCUAGGAAGGACGGGCAUCCACAGGAGCCCCACUGUCACUGCUGAAUCUUGCUCUUUUCUCCUUAUCCAGGACACAUAACGAACUGUCUCUGGCUUUGCUUCAAUUUCUAUAUGUAAUUUAAUGUUGUGCUGUGUUUCUUCCGUGCUUAGGUUUGGCUGGUGGCACAGAGCCAUGGGAAGAUUGUCUGACUACUGGUGCUUUCUUUUUUUAGACUUGGGCAAAAAAAGAUCCUGCUACCAAGGAUGACCAGGAUUUUCCACCAACUCCUUCCCAGACCGGAUCCAGACUCCACAGAAGUUGAUGAGGAGAUGCUCAUUGCCUUCCUGGGGCUUUGGUUCCACUUCUUUCCCUGGUUGUGAAUACUCUCCUGUCAAGAAUUGCCCCCUGGAUCUUCCACCCUCUCUAUGGCAACUGAUAUGGCAUCUUAAGCACCAGAGGAUGUUCUUUUUCUUCUCUUUUGCUAAGCAAAUGGGCUUCUCAGGCAGCUUUCUAGCUUCCAAAAUCUCACAGGUAACAUUCCUUCACUUUCCUGGCAGUCAAGGAGUUGAAGGCCGGCUCUUACCAAGCAGCGUUGCUGAAGAUGCCAACUGGGAGAGCAAAGCAGACUGCAGCCCUACCGAGGAAGGCACAGGGAAAAUGUGAGCCUGCCUCCAAGGACAGCCAGGCAAUUAUAACAACCCCUUCCCAGAGUGAAAUGCCUGCAAGUCCAACAAGUACUACACUGUUCGGCCUGUAUAUGAUGACACCCAGCACUGCCUAGAAGCCCCAGAGCAGCCCGGCAGGCAGAAAUGAGCUCUUCCGCACCCAUCCAAGGGGAGCAAAUGUGGGGCGCACUUCACCCUCAGUACUUUGAAGCCCCACCACUUCCAGCAAAUGAGCCCUUUGGAGGAAGAGCUGCUGUGCUGCUGCUGGGGGAGCUGGUGCCUGAGCACCCAGCUUCCCCCUGGACACCAUGUGUGUGAAAGCACUCUCUUGUGCCAGCGAGUGCAAGGCUGGGGUUCCCCUGUAGUGCUGGGGACCUGUGCCUUGCUUGGCUGCAACCCAGAGCAAACCCAGAAGUUACUUGGGUGCAGGCAGAAUCUGCAAACUCAAGGGGUUUCGUUGCAGGAAAAGCUGAGGUCUUGGAGAUGGAGGGAGCCCUUGGCUGGUCAGCAAGCGCACUGAUGCUUGGAAGGUGUGUGUGGCUAAUGGCCUGAUCUUUUCAGCGUGGAGACAGCACUGGUGCUGCUGUGUCUGGAAAGCUGCCAGGACAGACAGAGCUGAGUUUCCAUCCCAGCUGUCACGUUGCUCUUUUGAACUCAGUCUAGGGACCCUACAGGCCAUGUGUUCUUCUUCCUCCUACCAGUGGGGAUAAUUCACACUGCCUGAGGCUGGAUUUCCAACAUGGGUCCCUGGCAGGCAGCAGAUGUCUGUGAGGUGGGGACAGCAACCCAUGAGGUGCACCCUGUCUUCCUCUUGGAAGUUUCUGACUCUUGGGAUGCUUAUAGUAUUAGUCAAGGCCAACCUCUAGCCAAAUGGACUAGACAGACAGAUAGAAAAGGCAAUGGAACUGCAAUGUGCCCCCAAAUUUCCAUCUUGCACCAUGCCAGUGCUAUCGCUCACCCUGGUCCCACUGCCAGGGAAGCCAACCUUGUGAUGCAGGAUCAGACCUUUGGUACAGCUGGAAGCAGAGGUUUAUGCCCAGCCUCCCUGCAGGCUCAGAAUACAGGAUGCUUUUUACAUGUAUCUCCCUUUGCAGCCUCUUGGCCUUUCUCAGACGUUCCCACUGAAGGGUCAGAGGAUUUGUGUUCUGUGCAGAUGUGUAUAAAACCCUGUCCUGCGUAGGGACUGCUGGCCAAUGUCUGCCAGCCUGGGACCUGAAAACUCAGCUGGUAGAGCCUGGCAGCCUUGAAUUCCCCCAGGGAACCAACCUUGGGGUGUGGAGUUCCCAAAGAGGAGUUCCCUUGGAAGGACGGGCAUUCACCUGAGCCCCACCGACACUGCUGGAUCUUGCCAUUUUCUCCUUACACAGGAAAAAGAACCAAGUCUCUGGCUUUGCUUCAGUUUCUAUAUGUAAUUUGAUGUUGUGCUGUGUUUCUUUUGUGCUUAGUUGUGGCUGGGGGCACCAAGCCAUGGGAAGAUUGUCUGACUACGGGUGCUUUUGUUCAGGCUCAGUCAAAACAAAAGUCUGCUUCCAAGACUGGCCAGGAUGUUCCACCAGCUCCUUCCCAGGCAUCUUGGUCACACCCCAUCCACUCUCCCUCUUUGCCCCUUGGCAAGUCUUCCCUGUAUACUAAGAUAAGUUCAAAUGUGCCUUCUAAUGGCUGAGCUGACACCUGUCUCCAGCACCUCAGUUGAAAUUACAUGAUUUGAUUAACACCAUGUUUGCUGAAUUCUCUCUCGUGUUUUUGGAUUCUGUCUCUGGGGGAGCUGGUGCCUGAGCAGCCAGCUACCACCUGGGAGAGAGCCCUGUCCUAUGCGGGAUCAGACCUUUGGUACUGCUGGAAGUAGAGGUUUAUGCCCCAGCCUCCCCCAGGCUCAGGAUGCAGGAACCUUUGUGCACGUAUCUCCCUUUACAGCCUCUUUGCCUUUCUCAGAUGUUCCCACUGAAGAGUCAGGGGAUUCGUGUUCUGUGCAGAUGUGUAUAAAACCCCAUCCUGCCUAAGGAGUAUUGGCCAAUAUCUGCCAGCCUGGAACCUAGAAACUCAGGUGGUAGAGCCUGGCAGCCUUAAUGGGUAUCUAUACAGGUUUCUUAAUGGGUGUCUAUACACAUUCUUAAAACACUGCAGUGUCACAUGUAUUGAGCACCCUGUGUUCCAGAAUGGCUACUGGACCACUUUAACUAAACCUCGUUCAAUGAGUUUUUAUUAAAGUACCCUGCAGCCAAUUUGAAACAUGAGAUGCUUAAUACACGUGAUGGUGGGGCACACUGGUGCUUUCUAAUUAGAAUAGAUCACAGCUGAUUUAUCGAGUAUGCUCCCAUGGGUUGUAAAUAGAACGUGUCAGAGCACAUGUAUAGGCACCCAAUGGGUGAAACUCCCGGACAACUAAGCAGCUUUUGUCAGCUGGUUAGAGACAUAGCUGUGGCUGGAAUUGUUCUGAAUAGUACCCUCAGUUUAAUGGCACAAUCUCACCUGAGCUGGUGGAGCAGAGAUGAAGCCGUUCCUGUGGGAGCACGUUUUGGAAACUGCUUGACCAGUUAAAAUCCGCCCCAGGGAAACAACCUUGAGAAUGUGCUGUGCCCACGGAGGAUUUCCCUAGGAAGGACUGGCAUCGGGCUGAGCCCACUCCCUAUCACCAGGUCGUGCCCUCUCUCCUUACAGAGCAAACAGAACCAACUGUCUCUGGCUUUGCUUCAGUUUCAUUACAUGUGAUUUACUUCUGUUCUAUGUUUGACUGAUGCUUAGUUUUAUUGGAGGCACACAACCCUUGGAAGACUGUCUGACAACCUGAGUUUCCUUUUUUCAGACUCUGGCCAACCAAGAGCCUUCUUCCAAAGAUGGCCAGGCUGAUUCAUCAACUCCUUCCCAAGUAUCCUGGCCUCCCUUUCAGGUGACAACUGCCUGCUGCUCUCACUUAGCAGGUGGAAUCUCUUUCUGCCCCUGGCCAUGGGAAGUGUCUGAGGAUUUGAUUUUUCAGGUGGUAGCCAAGGAAAAGGUAUUUUGGGGGGGAAUUACUAGCGAGUAAUUACGAGUGUGAACCAUCUCACUUCAAAAAUAGUGAAGGGAGGUUUUACUUCUGUUUUUUCCUUUUCCCCAUUUUCUUAAGCCAUGAAAUUGGAGGAUUUUGAAAUACCAUCACAGACUGCUUUGCUUAGCCCUAAUAUGCACUGUUUGACAACAGAGCCUAGUGCAAAAAACUCUGUCAUGCCAUCGUGCCUGUAACAGCCUUGAUUUCACAUGCAUGUGACAAUUAACUCCAUCACCAUGUAGAAGCACUGACUUGCAACUCUAAGAGUCUGAAAUACAGACCCCUGCCCUGCCUUCUGCCCGAGUCCAGCCUAACACAGCAACCCCCUCUCUCUACUCAGGGUCUACCAAGGGUGCAGGAGAGACAUGCCUGCAGAGCAAUCUGCCUGCUGCCCUGUGGGCAUUUUAGACCCGCUCAUACAGGGAGCCUGGCUGAGUCCCCAAAGACAUCUGCUGAGGUAAGGGAAAUGUUUAGGUAAAAUACCAAGUGACAUUUGUCCAGAGAGCAGAGGGGAAUGUGGGGCUUUUCCUACCUUCACUUCCUCUCCUUAGAGGCGGAAAGGGGGACGGUUCUCCAUGGGGACCCAGGCCAGGUCCCCAGGCAGCAGUGUCCAGGACCGCUGGGCUUGUGGCCAGCACGAUUCACAGAAGAGAGACCACCACUGGCUAAAACAGUUGCUUUGCAGAGUGGAGCUGAAUUUCCAUGGUAGUAGUUGAGACCUCCUCAGCUUAGGUAUGGGAACAGGAAGGGCCCAUCACACAGUGCUGGAGCCCAACGCUGCGUGACUUCUGCUGAGCGGCCGCCAGCCCUCCUCUCCUCGGUGUUCCCAACGUCUCGCUCCUCCAUCGUCGGACUGGAUCUUUCUGCAGGUCACAUUCAUGGCCAGAGAAUGUCAUCAGGUCAGGGGGAAGGCUCUUGGCGCUCCCACCAUCUGCUGUGUGGACCUGUUGUGUGUAGCAGGGAGCCAGAGGCUCCUAGCACUCGAAUGAGAGGGUGCAGCAGGUCAAGGAGGCUGUGUUCAGCUGCAGCUGAAGAGCUGGUGCUGGCCAUGGUGUGUGGGUGGUGAGCCAUGUGACCAGAAGGGGCAGGGCUUGGAGGUAUAUAAGCCCAAGGCCUGAGGCAAAAGGGGCAGUCUUGCCCUGCAUGCUAGGGGGGAAGGGGCUCCUAGGAGAGGGCAAGGUUUCAGGGAACAGUGCCAUGGACACCCAAGUGACCCAGAGGUGCUAGAUAAAGCAGCUAAAGAUAGGGUGAGCAUCUUUCCAAUGUGAUGGGCUAGCUGGCAGUGACUUAGCCCAGGGCAAAAGAUGAUUGGAGGACUUGGGAUUCCCUUUCCUCACCAAUCAGGCCCCAGAGAGACACCCUCCAUGUCCCGAUUGGCCCUGUGGGUCACUUGGAGGGGGAUAAAAGGGGCAGUGCAGCUGACUCAGGCAGAGACCACAAGGAAGGAUCUUCAAGGAGCUGGCAAGAGCUGGGCCAGCAGGGCGGGAGCAGUUGCCCCAGAAGAGCCUGAAGGAGUGCAACGUGCAGGCAGCACUGGGGUCCUCAGCAGCAUGGCGUGCGGCUGGCAGGAGAGGCUCCCUGCUGGGCUCCAGGAUCCCCUACCAGAGGCUGUGGCCAGCAGGAGAGGCUCCCCUGCUUCAGCAAGAUCUGAGCAGCAACCUGAGAGGUUCCCAGCUCUGCUUCCAGCUCCUCCAGAGACCAGGCAGCUCGACGUGAGGCGGGGGCUCCAGGAAGGUCAAGACCCCUAGCAGCUUGGAGCAGUAGCAGCAGCAGCAGUGGUGGCUGCAUAGCAGAGUUUCUGCCUACUGUGUAGAACACCUGAGUUCAAGUCCUAGCUUUGGUGACUUGGGGUGAGUGAGCUAACAAGGAAAAAUUCCUGUUGCAGUGGAAAGGGGCCAUUGUGUUGUCUUCCCCCAUUUUGUAUUUUGUGCCUUUUGUAUUUCCACUAAUACCAACCAGUAUAGUUUGUUCUGCUGUUUGUUUUACAUUUCGGUUAACCCUGUCUUUUGUCAACUGGAUGAAUGUCUAUGAUUUUAAGAGUCUAACGUUUGUUGAAUCCUGCCCCUUUGGGGCACUGUAGUGUCCCCUCUACCCCCCUGGUUUAUACUGAUUAUGUUCCCAGUAUUGUUCCCUCAUUAAAAGGUAUAUAGUUAA